AUGACAGACGAUAUUGAAGCAGUCCAGUUAUCUCCGAGGGAGCGGCUUAAACAGAAGCAGAUUCCGUGGGAAGCCAUCACGCUUGGGAACGAGCUGGGUCGCGGCACGGAGACCAUCGUGUACGAGGGUACCUACGAAAAGCGGCCGGUUGCGGUGAAAAUGUUAAACGCUGACGCUAGGCGCGAGACGCAGUAUACGUUUCGGACAGAGUUGGAGGUUGUGCUUGGUAAACUGGACUGGCACCCCAAUAUUCUCAACUACUACGGUUGGGGUGUACGCCCGUCUGAUGGGAGCAAGUUUCUCGUGAUGGAACUGUUUGAAGGAGGGCCCAUCUCCAGACGUCGUAAGUGGGUUUCACGACGACCCCAACUUGUGUAUCGAAUCAUGCGCGACGUCGCCCGAGCCUUGGCGUACAUUCACGCACACGAUCUCAUCCACCGCGACCUCAAGUCGAGCAAUGUGCUCGUGGACCGACCCGCACGCGUUGCGAAACUUUCCGACUUUGGGGUAAGCCGAACGCAGGGCGAUAGCGAGGCUGUCAUGACGGCGCUGACGGGGACGUAUCGCUUCAUGGCACCGGAGGUGAUUCGCGGUGAGCGCUACGACGGUCGCGCAGAUAUUUACAGUUAUGGGAUUCUUUUCAACGAGCUGCUGACUGGCAUAAUGCCAUACGAGGACACCUAUCUCACGCCAGUGCAGACUGCGACGGCAGUCGUGUCGAAAAAUUUGCGGCCACGUCUCGUCAAGACGAGUGACAAGGUGCCGGCCUCUGUCGUGGCACUGAUUGAACGCUGCUGGGAUCUGGAUCCAGAAAAGCGCCCCAGCGCGGAAGAAAUAGCAAGUUUCCUUGACGUUCUUUGUGGUGAAGCUGCCGCGGCUAGUCCGGACGGGUCCCUAAGUGAUCCUGAUGCGGCCAAAAGUAGCACUUCUUUUGAAAAGAAUCCUCCAGUGCAUCCGAAUCGCUGCCGUACUCAAUAG